UUCCUGCGGGUUUGAUCCAUUGCAUUAUGUACUUGUUCCAAAAGCUGUUUUCAGUAAAAUAGAUGAGUAAGAAGUCUUAGCCAAGAACAGAAUGUCUUUUUUGGCAACUAAAAGGAAGAUAGGAUUAUUUUAUUUCAGGUUAUGUAAAAAAAAAAAAAAAAAAAAAGAGAGAGAGUGAGAGGGAAUAAAGGUGGUAAAAUCCUCCUGCGCUCUGAGCCGCUUGCAGAGAUUUCCACUGCCGAGCGCUGAUAUUUUCUGUUUUUCACGCUGCUGUGCACAUUUUUGUGACUUCUAUGGCAGGCACAGAUGCGGAUGGGAGUCUCAGGCUUGCGGCAUCACCGCAGCUCAGUGAUCCCAGCCGUGGUUUCAGCAGCAUUGCUCUCAUGGCUUGGGUUCUGCUGCCGAGCGCUUGGGCAAGGAGGGGAGGGCACUGACGGCGCCUGGAGGAGGGCACUGGCUGUGCUCAGUGCAGGGCACCGACUCGGCCCUGAUGGCUGAACCCCAUCCGGGUGGUGUUUAUAGGGGGCCGAUGGAGGUAGAGGUAUUUUUUCAAAAUAAAUUAAAAAAAUGGUACCGUCCAAAACACAGCUCUGUUGGCUGAGUGUUGGGACAGCAUCGACAUUCUGCUCGCUUCCCUGGGAAUUAUACAAACUGGGAAAGCCCCUUCAUACCUUUGGGUUUUUUUGUCUGUAGGUAGAAGUCCUGGUGUUGCCCAGGCUGCUGGCAGCUGGUCCUCGCCCAGCUCAUCCCCGCAGUCAGGAUUUGGGGUGGAGGGCUGAAUGGAUGGAUGGCACGUGGGAGGAGGUGGCAAACUGAUGCAAGGAUGGGGUGAGUUUGGCCAAAACGCCAUGUCACUGCCUGACGGCUUCUCUCUGAUGCCCGCUGGUGUCCCUGCAGGGAGGGGACAAAGCCCAAGUGACAUCAGUGCCUGCUCUACUCCCAUCUUCUGGAUGUGCUGGAGAGCUGCAUUCUCCUCCUGUUGGCUGGAAGGCAACAUCCUUCAGUAGGGAUAGAGGAGAUGGCCUUGCAGCAGUGAGUGGGUUCAUCCCAGAGCCACCUGUGUUUGUUUUUGUGGAGUUUUUGACCAUUCUAUGUGGACGAGGAGGUACUUCAUUUUGGACUUCAUUUUGGAAGUUUUUUCCUUUACUUCUGGCGUGGGUUACCAUCAGCAGAAUGGGUGGUGGAAAAAGAACUGAAAAAAAAGGAGAUUAGAGAGUUUGCAACGUUGUGGCUGCCAGCACUUUGCAAGUGAAAAGGUAGGAGAGGGCUCAGCACUGGUGCUGGAUUGGACAUGCUGCCACAGCCAAUUUCUCCACAUCAGCUUUGGGUCAAGGCCUCGACAACCCAGCCUCUGGCACAUGCAGCCCCAUGCAAUGAUUAACUUCUUCCAAGUCCAGAACCACUUCAUCCAUCCAUCUUUAACCUUUCAGGGGACUUCUGGCACGGAAGCUGUCGGAGAAUGUGAUUGAUGAGCAGUGGGGCUUUGCAGGCACCCACCAUCGCAGGCACUGUUGGGCAUCCCAUCGUGGGGAGGUUCUGAAGUCCAUGCAGUUUCUGUGCCGCCUGCUCAGGGCUGUCAGGAGGAUGUCGGUUUGAGAGAUUUAAAUUCACAUCAGACAUGCAAAAGAGGGUGAGAAAGUGAUAUGGUUACGGUUACGAGGAGUAGGUUGUGCUGGUGGGAGGGUUUCACAAGAGGGCAUGAGGACACCACGUCCAUUAGCACUGGGUUUGCCCUUCCACCAUGCUGCUCCAGGCACACUGGGUUGUGAAUGCUGGAAAUGGGCAGUAGAAGAGCGUGAAGGAAAUUUAGGAAUCUAGGCAAGCACAGAGCUGCUUUGUUUUUAAUUAGCUACGUUGUUUUUAAUUGCUACUAUGCUUGAUACAUAACCCAGCCUAAACAAGAAUAGCUUAUUGAAUGGGGGACUGACUAUGAAAGGCACCGUGAGGAGAAGGGCUGUUCUUCACAGUUGAUAUAUUUGUAUUUCAGUGCUUCAUUUAAUAAGUCUGUUUCCCCAGGGGGCUGUAGCAAGUAAAUCAUGCCAGCAGAUUGUUCUCUGCAAACCGGCUUAUUUUUGUAAUUAGCAAGACGCUCGAGCUGUAACUGCGCAGAAAGCGAUCGGGGGAAGGAGUUAACAUAAAAGAAUUAGUAAGCAAAAUGUAGUAAUUAUUGUUGGAUAACGUUUGUGUUGAUUGAAUGGGUUCCUGGGCAGUUGCGUUUCCUCUAAAAGAGGAGAGGAAUUGCAGCUGCGUGCAGGGGCGGCAGCGAGGUGUGGUUGUGGGGUGCACCUUUGGGGAGUCACAGCCUGCGCACUGAGCCCGUGCAGACUGUCAGUGGGAUGAUUUCCCUCUCUGAUGAUGCUUUUCUCCCUUCCUUUGCAGUUAUAUGAACAAUACGGCGUCACCAUGAGCGGGGUGUUGAAAAGGAAGUAUGAAGAGCUGGGGGAUGACAGCACCUACUGCUCCUCCUCCUCCUGUUCCCCUCUGUCCUCCUCGGCGUCCUCAGGCUGGGACUCGGAUGAAGACAGCUCCCGUGGAGACAGCAAGCCCAGCUCUGCCAUAGCACCUGGCUUUACCCCCACGUCCAUCCUGAAGAAAUCCAAACGGCUAAAGAAGAACAACGUGGAGUUUGACCGGGUCACUGUGUUCUACUUCCCGCGCUGCCAGGGCUUCACGAGCGUACCGAGCCGCGGGGGCUGCACGCUGGGGAUGGUGAGCAAACACAGCUCCUCUCGGCAGUUCACGUUAGCAGAGUUCUCCAAGGAGCAAGAAAACGUUCGUCGGGAGAAACUGGAAGAGAAAUUGAAAGAGGAGAAGUUGGAAGCCUUGAAAUGGAAACUCACCAUGAACGGCACGAAGGAAUCGGAGGAAGCCAACCAGCUCACUAUUGAAGACAUCUCUGACGACGACAUCGACGUCAGCAACGUGGACCUGGAGGAUGGCUUUUUUCUCCAGCCCUAUCCAGCCAAGAAAAGGCGUGCACUGCUCAAAGCCGUUGGGGUGAAGAAGAUUGACAAGGAGGAGAAGCGGGAGCUGCACAGCAUCCGCCUGUCCCGGGAGGACUGUGGCUGUGACUGUCAGGAGGUCUGCGAUCCCGAGACCUGCAGCUGUAGCUUGGCAGGCAUUAAGUGCCAGAUGGACCACACCUCCUUCCCCUGUGGCUGUACCAAGGACGGCUGCGGCAACACAGAAGGUAGGAUCGAGUUCAACCAGGCCCGGGUGCAGACCCACUUCAUCCACACCAUCAUGAAGCUGGAGCUGGAGAAGCAGCAGCAGAGCAGUGAGGGGGUGGCAGAGGUUGAACCUCCCUUCCGAGAGCGGUUGCCUCAGCUGGGCUGCACAGCGACAAAGGGGCCCUUGGAAGAACGCACAGCGCCGCUGGCCCCUGCCUUCCAGUUCAGCCCUGAGUUGGAAGCCCUGGGGGAGAACAGCUGCAGCAGCGACAUGACGGACUCCUCCAUCUCCUCCCACCCCAGCGAGGACCUGGAGGAACCCUAUGAGAGCCUCCCCUCCGACAAGUCCCAGUCGGACAUCGAUGACGAUGGCUUGGCACGCAUCCUCCACUUCAACGAUUCGGAUGCCGAGGAGGAGGCAGACCGCUGCCAGGACAACCUGAGCUGUUUCCACCCUGCCGACUUCUUCAUUGAGGACCAUGGCUGCGAGGCCAAGCCCGGCCCUGGGGCCUCAUCCCACCUGUCUGAGUGCCUGGACGAGAACGCCAACCAGGACAGUGGUGGGCUGCUGGAGGAGGCCAUGCACACGCGCUGUGAUGGGGUGUCGUGCUGCGCCCCAGCCCCAGCUGAGUCGUGUUCCAAGAGCUAUGCUGACCUCAGCCUUUCCUCUGACUCCUUGGAUUUCUUCCAGUCCUUCUCGGACUAUAACUUGGGACCCCUUUACAACUCCUUGAAGGAGUAUGAGAACCUUGAUAACUUCUCAGCGUUACAGUUUCAGUUGCCUAAUUUCCCCGGUUUCCCGCAAGCUGGAGAUCAGGGCUCCUGUUUCUUGGAGUCUCUCAUCGGUUUGUCCGAAUCCGUCCCCGAAACCCCAGCCCCUUUCACAGACAAUCAGCUUUUGGAGGACGCCAUCAAGUCAUCGCUGAUGGAAACGGUGAAGGUGUGAAGCUCCUGGCUGGCUGGGGAUGCGAAGGAUUGGCAGCAUCGUGGUGCUGAAACCAAAGCCGAAGAACGGUUGGACGGGCAAACUUUCACUUGUGCUAUGUGAAAAGGAUUUAAAAAAAAAAAAAAAAAGCAGACUUUCUGAGCAGACAAACUAUUUUUGGUCUUUAUAGAAUGUGGACGUUUUGACAUACUGCAGCUACAAUCAGUCCUCUUGCUGUUUGUGCAAAAAUUUCUAAACUUUCAUGAUGGGGUUGGGGGGGGGGGUGGAGGGAGGGACGAAGACUUUCAAGUAUGAAUUUCCUUGUGUUUUGUAUGCAAAGACCUGUUGAGAAAUGCUCCUUGCGAAUGUUGCCAGUCGUACACACAGCCCCUUCUAGAAACGUUUCGGUGUCGCGGGAACUUUUUCAGCCAACUCUUGAAGCUGUAUUUAUUGUGAAAAUUCGUGAUUUGCAUAAGGGCCAGACCAACACGCUCUUGGGUUUAAAUCGGAAAAGGUUUACAGAAGAGAUCCGUACACUAUAUACGUAAUCAUCCUUCAUCUAUUUAUUGCAAAUUCCAGAAUUUAACUAGCCACUGAAGCUUGAACUAGCAUGAAACCUUAUUUAAAUUGGUGAUACCUCAGAUGUAUUAUGUGCACAAUCAUAUUUUUUGCAUAAUAUAUCUGUAUUUAUUUAUUUUCUACCUGUAGUACAUGAAUAGCACUGUGGUUUGUCAGUGACCUGGAAGGGCAGUAAGGUCUCCAGCAGCACACGUCCUAAAGAUGACCCCAGUGUCUGAGUCUGGGAGGUGCUGUGUGUUUGGUCUUCACCUCACACUGCUACAAGAGCUGAAUGCAAGGUGGGUGGGAGGGGAGGGAUGAGGGAGGUGUUCCUACAGCAUCCUCUGGUAGUGAACCAUCCUUUGUAGACGUGAUAGCGCGUAGUCUGGUAUGCAUGAUACUGCUAUAGGGAGCAAAACCAUCCUGUGUUUGAGAAACAUGAGCUAGCUCUAUUUAAUGAACAAAAACCACCAAAAUCUUUCCAUAAAUUAUUUUCUAAUUUAUUGAAUUUCCUAAGGAUUUGGCCAUGAGAUCUUUUGUGAUUGCUUAUGGUGCCUGAAUAUGCAGAGGAACUGCCAGCGAGGGAGAAAGUCAGGGUGACCUUUGCAGCCCGUGGGGCUUUGGAGAGCAAAGUGAAGGGCAGCAGCACCCUUACGACUCCCAGAUAUCAAGGAUAUGGCAACUCCAGAUACCUGUGGGCCAGACUGUUUAUACUCUUUUUUUAAACAGAUAAAUUGGGUAAAUCAAGGAAAGGAGAUGAAUAUGAAGGUUGUUGCAUUAUUUAUUGAGUACGAUUGCAGAGAGGAGGAAAAAAGAGAAAUGGUUGUGCUUAGGAGGGAGAUUAGAGGCCUACUUAGAUUUUUUGUUGUUUGAAUCAGCCUGAGAACAUGACACUAUUUGGCCAUGCCAUGUAACUGGACCCAAACCUGCACGCCAGUGAUACACUAAGUGCCUACGCCAGCAGCGUGAGCGUCUGAGUAUCUCUCUGGAAACCCACAGCUGUACAUUGAAUUCCCCCCUUGCAUAGUCACCCAGUUGGGGGGAAUCAUCCCAGAAUGUGGGGCUGGGGACCUUUCCCUUAGCUGAACCCUCGCUGUCCCCACCGGCAGGGAUGGGGGCUGUUUGAGACCUGCCACUUGAUGGACAAGUAGUCUUGCCAUGCCACCAUGGCACCCUGCCAGCAAUUCGGAAAGCUUCUGGCGUAUGAAUAGCACGAAGGCUGGGUUUUUUUGUUUUUGUUUUUGUUUUUUUAAAUUAUUGUUAUUAAUUAUUAUUAUUAUUAUUUAAUUGUACGUCUUCUCUGGUAUUGAGCCGGUCAACCUUGAAGCAGAGUCAACCCGCCACGUCCUCCCACGAGGCAUCCCCUGAGGCCAUCGCCAUGGGCAGGAGGGCAACUGUAGGAAUACUACUGGCAGAUGGAGGAUUUCCUGGAUACCUAUCUAUCUAUCUAUCUAUCUAUCUAUCUAUCUUAUUUUUUUGUUGUCGCCGUCGUUUCUUUUGACUGAAAACCCCCCUUGGUUGUCUUCUGGUGGUAGUUGCUAUCCUUCAGACUGCAUCAAAAAUACUGACUGUUGGAAGUCUGGUACCGUUCUGUAUUUAUUGGCACUAAUAUAUUUUAUAACAUUCCUCAGUUUCUCUGCGUAUAUAUAUAUAUUUAUAUAUAUAAAAUAUAUGCAUAUAUUUUAUAUAUAUAUAUAUACACAACACUUUUUGUAAUGAAUGACAGAGAUUGACUCCUGCCAUUGUGGAUUUUUUUUUUCUAUAAUUUAUUCAUUUUAUUUGUGUUGGUGCCAAAAAAAAAAAAAAAAAAAAAAAUUUUUUUUUCUCUUUUUUUUUUUUUUUCUUUUCAAGGCACUGAAUUGUAAAUAUAUAAUUUUGUUGCUUGUUUGUUUGUUUUUCUUCUCGGUAUCUAUGUAAAAAGUUGCCUGUUAAACAGUUUUUAAACUGGCUAUUUAUUGACACAAUCUGUAAUUAUCUAAUGUAUUGAUUGAAACACUUUGGUUUCAACAUAGCUUUAUUUUAGCUUUCUUUGUGUAUAUAUUGUGAUUAUGUUGCUUAAGGGUACAAGUUAAAAAAAAAAUGCUUUAUUUUUACCUUAUCCAUUUGCAUUUGUUAAAAAAAAAAAAAAAAAGGAAAAAAGCAUAUUUGUCUACAGCUGCUGUCUCUCAUUUCAUCAAAGCAAUAUGAAGAAAUUUCCAUUACACUUUCAAUAAAAUAAUUUUGUUUGAA